AUGGAACUGCUACAAGUCUCGGGUGCAGCAUAUUACGAUUCCUUGCUUGGUCGUCGACCGCAAAACCCGCCCCAUGAUUUCACACGAGUUCUUUAUAUUCCUCGUCACAAUUCAGCAACAGUGCACCUCCCUCUGUACGAUGUCGCGGAGCAGUAUCGCAAUGCUGUCAAGGGAUGCGUCCUCAACAGCAGCCAGUACACUGUUCAAUUGAGUAUGAUGGAGAAGCCGCGAGACGAUGGGAUGAACUGCGAAGUGGCCUAUCAUGUCAACCUGGACAGAAGCGCGACAGACGACGCGCCUGCCCGAUUGCAAGUGCAGCGGAGAUCGUUGUUCGAGGAUGGCGAGGCAAUAGCGCAUGCGUUGACGCGUGGGCCGCCUCAUGACAGAUGUCUAAUCGCUGUCGGCAGCAGUCAGAAAGGAACUGACGCGUGUUGCACACUCAUGGAAGCCUCCUUCCCGAUACAACCGAGUAUUCGAGGAAAAUAUCGCAUCCCCCAUCCUUAUUUCACGUUCCUGCUACCAGGGAAGAACAACAACAACAAGCGAAUAGUCCAAUGGCAGGUCCGUCCCAAGGAAGAUAGUCUGCGUCGAUACACAUUAGUUGAAAUCGGUGCGGCGUCAGAGGUGUCUGACGGCGCACUGUCGGAAGACAAUGUGCGAGAGUCGAAAAUUCUAGCAAUCUACCAUCAUAUCGGAAUCAACGUGUGGUUACCAAAAGAUUUUAGCGAAGGUGUGCUUCUUCUUCCAGACCAAGCAGGGUCGGAAGAUAACGAGCGGGAGCUGUUGAUAGUUGCAAGUCUAUUGGCUUUGCUUUGGCAACUGCGGGAGCAAGCGCAAAUGAAGCCGCAAAAAUUGAAGGGUGGCCACUCUCGAAAUUCCCAAAACAUGUUCCAGAAAGCAAUUUCUGUCCUUCAUAGGCAUUAG